AUGCAGCGCCCCUCCGAGUCCCUACGUGACUACAUCAAAAGGUACUUUGCUAACCGUAAUACAAGUACAGAAGUUGAUGGCAGGGAUGUGAUCUACCACUUCCACCAAGGCCUCCAUAGCAUCGAACUACGGAGGAAGAUGUUUGAAAACAAUCCCAAGACCGUCUCCGACAUGAUGGCUGUCGUCAACAAGCACGCCGACAUGGAGGACGCCGAGCAUGCACAUCGCCGCCACAAGGACCGCCGUGACCCCCACGAUCGCCCUCGCCAAAGGGACGACGACUCAGCCCGUCCAGCUGGCGAUCGUCCUCCACGACACGGCAAGAACCGCGACCGCGCCGAGUCGUCCAAGGCUCGCGAGCGCAAACGCGGCCCCGACAACACCAUCGCCAUCACCGAUCGGCGCGUGGAAGAACGGGUGGUCAACAUCAUCUUUGGAGGCUCCAGUGCGGCAUCCUGCAAGCACAGCAUCAAGCUGCACAACCGCGACGUCAACUCGGUGUUCAGGCACCCGGUUGAGCCCCUUCGUUGGUCCGAGAUCCCCAUCACCUUCGACCGACGCGAUGACUGGGUACACCUAUCUAGGCCGGGUGCUUAUCCCCUUGUGGUGAACCCGGUGAUCCUCCAGAUUCGUCUGGCCAAGGUGCUUAUUGAUGGGGGCAGCGUCCUCAACAUCAUCUUCGCCAAGACCCUAGAGGACAUGGCGUUCGACAUGACCAAGCUGGUCCCUUCGGACCAGGCCUUCUACGGCAUCAUCCCCAGUGCUGGUUCGACUCCGGUCGGCAAGGUCACCCUCCCAGUCACCUUCGGCACUCGGGACAGCUACCACACAGAGUCCAUCAUCUUCGAGGUGGCGCUGUUCGAGACUUCCUACCAUGCCAUACUGGGGAGACCAGCUCUCGCCAAGUUCAUGGCGAUCCUGAACCACACGUAUCUUCUCUUGAAGAUGCUGGCUCCCAACGGAGUCCUCUCCAUCCACAGCGACAUCCAGACAUCUCACUCCUGCGAGAUGGAGAACAUCAACACUGCAGAAACCUUGGAGAGAAGCAGCAACCAGGCCUAG